CGACAUAUAACUUUUAAAAGUUUGUAAACUUUUCAUUUUAAUCACAUUGGCACAAACACGUACUGGUUUUCGUUUUCUAUUCUAAUCAAUUACCCAGCAAGAACAGCCUACAAAAUGUACAAAAUUACGCGAGUGCCAUCGAUUUUGGCCAAAAAUGCGGUCAACUCCAUGCAGCGUGUGGCAACAAUUGCCGCAUCGACGCAGUCGCAGCAGCGCAGCUAUCACAUAACGCCCGGCCAGCAGCAGCAGACGAAAUCCGCCAAUCCGGAUGCGAUCUCCAAGCAAUAUCCGGUUAUCGAUCAUGCUUACGAUGCAAUCGUUGUCGGCGCCGGCGGUUCAGGAUUGCGUGCUGCAUUCGGAUUGGUCGCCGAAGGCUUUCGCACGGCUGUCAUCACGAAACUAUUCCCAACACGUUCACAUACGAUAGCCGCCCAGGGCGGCAUUAAUGCGGCACUGGGUAAUAUGGAGCAGGACGAUUGGAAAUGGCAUAUGUACGAUACGGUGAAGGGUAGCGAUUGGCUGGGCGAUCAGGAUGCCAUCCAUUAUAUGACACGCGAGGCGCCCAAGGCCGUCAUCGAGCUGGAGAACUACGGCAUGCCCUUCUCCCGCACCCAGGACGGCAAGAUCUAUCAGCGUGCGUUUGGCGGUCAGAGUCUGAAGUUUGGCAAGGGUGGACAGGCGCACAGAUGUUGUGCCGUCGCCGAUCGCACAGGUCACUCCCUGUUGCACACCCUCUACGGUCAAUCCCUCAGUUACGAUUGCAAUUAUUUUGUCGAGUAUUUCGCGCUGGAUCUAAUCUUUGAGGAGGGCGAGUGUCGUGGCGUUUUGGCCAUUAAUCUGGAGGAUGGCAGUUUGCAUAGGUUCCGUGCACAGAAUACGGUAAUUGCUACCGGUGGCUAUGGACGCGCCUUCUUCUCGUGCACCUCGGCGCAUACGUGCACCGGUGAUGGUACUGCUCUUGUGGCCCGUCAAGGUCUGCCCUCGCAGGAUUUGGAAUUUGUCCAGUUCCAUCCGACGGGCAUUUAUGGAGCUGGCUGUCUGAUUACCGAGGGUUGCCGUGGUGAGGGCGGUUAUCUCAUCAAUUCGAAGGGUGAACGCUUCAUGGAACGCUAUGCGCCAGUUGCCAAGGAUUUGGCCUCUCGUGACGUCGUCUCACGCUCGAUUACUAUUGAGAUUAUGGAGGGUCGUGGCGUUGGACCCGAUAAGGAUCAUGUCUUCUUGCAACUGCAUCAUUUGCCACCCAAACAGCUGGCGGAACGUUUGCCCGGCAUCUCCGAGACGGCCAUGAUCUUUGCCGGUGUGGAUGUGACCCGUGAACCGAUUCCUGUGCUGCCCACGGUCCAUUACAAUAUGGGUGGCAUACCCACCAACUAUCGUGGCCAGGUGCUCACCAUCGGUGCGAACGGUGAAGAUAAAAUUGUGCCUGGUUUGUAUGCUGCCGGUGAGGCUGCCUGCAGCUCGGUGCAUGGUGCCAAUCGUUUGGGUGCCAAUUCCCUGCUGGAUCUGGUUGUCUUUGGACGUGCCUGCGCAAAAACCAUUGCCGAGGAGAACAAACCCGGUGCACCGGCGCCAACGAUCAAGGAUAAUGCCGGCGAGUUCUCGGUGGCCAAUUUGGAUAAGUUGCGCCAUGCCAAUGGUCAAAUAAGCACAGCCGAUCUGCGCCUCAAGAUGCAGCGUUGCAUGCAGAACCAUGCCGCCGUAUUCCGCGAUGGACCCAUCCUCCAAAAGGGCGUCGCAGAAAUGAAAAAGAUCUACAAGCAAUUCCAGGACGUCAAAGUGAUCGACAAAUCGCUUGUGUGGAACUCGGAUCUGAUUGAGACACUGGAGCUGCAGAAUCUGCUGGCCAAUGCACAGAUGACCAUUGUUGGCGCCGAGGCGCGCAAGGAGUCGCGUGGCGCACAUGCUCGCGAAGAUUUCAAGACGCGCAUCGAUGAAUAUGAUUACAGCAAGCCCGUGGAUGGCCAAACGAAGAAGCCCGUUGAGCAGCACUGGCGCAAGCAUACCCUAGCCUGGGUUACCAACGAGCAGGGUGAUAUCGACCUCAAAUACAGACCUGUCAUCGAUUCAACGCUCGAUCAGGAGGUGGAAACGGUGCCGCCAGCAAUUCGCUCCUAUUAAACCAAUGGCUAACAACUACACACACACACAUACACACACACACUUACACUCUCACACAUACACACUCGCGAGUUUACUUAACUGCUGUGUCUGUCGGUGUCUGUUGAAAAUUCAAGUCGCAAAUUGAAGUGCUGCAAUACUUAAAACAAAUCCUUUUCAACUCGUUUGCUGUCGCUUUCUCCGAUUUGAUGUACCCAAAAUGAACAAUGUUUAAUAAUUGAUAUAUAUACAUAUAUAUAUCUAUAUAUUUUGAAUUUGUACGCUUACCAACGCUCUCCACAAUAAUUAUACAAAUCAUAUAUAUUUUACAAUGUUA